CUCCAUCCCAGCCACUCCGUGGUCAAGCGUACUCAUGCGAUAGUGAUCCUUUUUGCGGUUGGGAGUGUGCAAGAACAUUCUGCUUGCGGGACUGGAGUCGCAAAGAACACCCGAGCUUCCGCGCCAGCGACGUCAUCAGUUCAGCAACCUGCUUUGCAUGCAUGCCACUUUGUUAGCGUUGACAGCGAGCUACGAUAAACGAUAGACGUAAGAGCCAGUAAGCUUCGGCGAUAUAUCAAGUGGCUGCAAGACCUUCAAGGCAAUCAAAGAUCCGGUCAGGUUCGACAAGUCAAGAAAGAUAUGGAGCCUAGUACUGCCCCACCACAAUCCAUCGAGCAGCUGCGACAUGUCGCACUCAACUUCCCUAUAAUCGACAACCAUGCUCAUAACCUCAUCCUGCCGACGCAUGCGGAGACAAUCCCAUUCGAGACUAUCACUUCAGAGGCGCAGGGUCGAGCUCUACGAGAUACUUUCAAGUCCCUUGCUCACCUAAGGGCAGCACGGCAGUUGCGUGAGCUCUACCAGCUUGACGACGAUGCGGACUGGAGCGAUAUCCUCGAGCAAAGAGAAGAGUGGCUUCGCUCUGAUUCUGAGCGUUUUAAUCAGCGCUGCUUCGAAGGUGUCACGGCCUUACUUAUCGAUGACGGCCUCGCUGGACCUGGGAAGGCCCAUCCGUACGACUGGCAUGAUCGCUAUACAGACGCACCGAGCAAGCGUAUCGUACGCAUCGAGACUGUUGCUGAGCGCUUAAUGGAAGCCAUUGUGAAGGACGCCGACGAGGAUGACCUUGGACGAACGCACUUCUACACCGAAACCUGGACUAUAUUCAUGGAUGACUUCGAGCGCAAGAUCCAAGAGGCUGUCGAUGAUCCGGAAGUCGUGGGGUUCAAGACCGUCAUUUGCUACAGGACCGGACUGGACAUCGAAGAAGACUACGAGCGCGCUGCGAAAGCAGUCGGUUACCCUUUCGAGCGGUACGUUAAGAGUUGCGUCCGUAAGCGCAGCUUUAGAGUCGAGCGGAAGGCACUCAACGAUUACCUGGUGUUGAGGACUCUUGAGAUUCUGUCAGAUGAUCUUGCACGCUCGGACGGAUUCUCCAAGCCAUUGCAACUGCAUACCGGACUUGGCGACAACGACAUCGACCUGAGCUUGUCAAAUCCUGCAUUUCUCCAGCCACUCAUCGAAAACUACCCCAACGUUCCGUUCGUCAUUCUCCACUCAGCCUAUCCAUACACACGUGAGGCUGGGUACUUGGCAACAGUAUACAAGCAUGUUUACCUCGAUCUGGGCGAGGUGUUUCCAAUGGUUAGUCGAGAUGGGCAAAGAGCAAUCCUGCGACAAGCAUUAGAGUUAGUACCGGGUAGUAAGCUUCUCUACUCGAGUGAUGGACACUGGUUUCCGGAAACCUUCUGGCUUGCCAACAAGCAGUUCAGAGAGGUCUGGCUUGAUCUUCUUAUCGAGUAUGUCGAGAAGACUGAUCUUACGACACACCAAGCGAUUGGCAUGACCAAGGAUAUUCUGUUCAACAACUCAAACAUGCUAUACAGACUGGGCUACGAGCCCCUGUUCAGCGAGAUACCACGAGAGGCACCUAAGCAGCUGACUUUCAAUACGAAAAGCACAGGGGAACCGCAGUCACGGUCACAAUCACAGCCUUCACCGGUGCCCAUUGCAAUGCCUUCACCGUCGUACAGAAGCGUUGGGCCACGCUCAGACUCACAGAUCUCACCUCGUCAUCGAUCUGCUAGUCCGUACAGUGCAUCUCCAUUCCCACCUCCCUCGGGGAUCACGUCGCAACUUUAUGAUGUAGCUCAUUUCACUGAUUUCAUGCAGCAGAAUUCGGGUAUCAAGUUCGUCUACGUCCAAUGGCUAGACUACACGGCAACGAUGCGCGUCCGCAUUCUUCCAAUCAAGGAGUUCACUCGCAUCAUCCAUGAAGGGGGGCGCAUUGGCAUAUCGCAGGGCAACAUGGGGACCCUGCAGAACGACUCGUUAACACCCGUUGUCAACACAAAGGGGCAGAUCUACGUAGAACCGGACUUGCUUUCCUUGCGUCGAGCGCACGACAAGGACCCUCUCAAAGCCGCGACAGUCCUAAGCUACUGGCGCUCUGAAGAUGGCCACCCACUGCCCGCAUGUCCGCGCAACAAUCUCGAAACGCUCAUCACUGAACUCCAAUACAAGUAUGACACAACCCUCCAAGUAGGUUUCGAAAUUGAAGUCACCUUCCUCGUUGGAGACAAACCGCGCAACCCCUUCAAUUCUCAGCCCCCUCAGCAAUCCUACGAAGGAGUCACCACUAUACAUGCAUGGUCCACCCUAACACCUACACAAUGGCUCCAGACGCCUAUGCUCGCCGAGAUCGCAACAUCUCUCUCCGACAUGGGCAUCGAUCUCCAGCAGUUCCAUGCCGAAUCCGGACCAGGUCAGUACGAGUUCAUUCUGCCACCAGCUCCUCCAUUACUCGCCAUCGAUACACUCAUUCAAACGAGACAAGUCAUCGCUCAGAUCGCAGCUCUAUACGGCCUACGAGCGACACUGCAUCCCAAGCCAUUCGGCGAGAAAGGUGCAGGCAGCGCAGCGCACGCGCAGAUCUCAAUACAACCACCAACCCGCGAUAGAGAAUUCUUUGUCGGUGGCGUGUUGAAUCAUCUACCCGCUUUGUGUGCGUUCACUAUGCCCGAUGCACAGAGCUACGGCCGAGUCAUAGACGACCAGUGGACGGGCGGCACAUGGGUUAGCUGGGGCACGCAUAACUGGGAGUGUCCACUGCGGCGUAUUGAAGACGGGCAUUGGGAGAUUAGAUGUCUUGACGGCCUUGCGAACAUGUACUUCGUCAUGGCUGGUAUUGUUGCGACGGGUAUGCUGGGGCUGGCUUCUGUGCCUGCUGCAGCGCCGCCAAUGCAGACAUAUGAUCAGAGUGUCGCUGGCGCGACAGAGCACGGCGGUGUCGGCCUUGCGGAUGGAGAGGAGAGGCUGCAGCAGCCAGUUCCUGAGCGUGAGCAAGGGUACACGGAGUUGGAUCUCCCUGUCAACCCCUCAACGCUUGACGAUGAGGGAAGGGCGAAGUAUGGGGUGACUAGAAAGAUGCCAAAGUCUUUCAACGAGGCGUUUGCUAGGCUCAAGGCUGAUGGCGAACUAAAGGAGGCGUUGGGAUCGGAGAUGGUGAGGGAUUACUUGACGAUGAAGGAUUGUGAGCAGGAUAUGUUGGAUAAGAUGGGCGAGGUGGAGAGGCGGGAGUGGCUCAUUGAGCGGUAUUGAUUGCGUUUGUAUGUUUUCCCUAGUACAUAGUAACGAUGUCGAUGAUUCAC